AUGCACAAAGGAAACACUCCCGAUGAGAUCCAACGCCUAUUCCCCUUACCGACAACCGCUAAGAAUGACUGUGACCUUCCGGCAGCUACACCAAAUACCGUUGCCUGGAGCAAACAUCUCCCUUUCAGCCUUCAUCUCAUCCCUCUAAUCCUGAGCAUUUUGCUGAUAUUCAGCGAUGCUCGUAACUGGCACGUGUCUGGCAACCUGGACACACUGGUGGAUCAAUAUCGUACCUCUGUCCAAACAGCCGUCCAGGCCAUUGCCGCUGUGCUGGCAGCCAUCGAGGUCUUUGUACUCUGUCGACUAAUUAAUCUGGCGACUCGCAUUUGGUUCACGAGAGCCUCUGUUUCACUCAAUACGCUGAGCUUCUGGUCAGCACUCUCCACUCCCACGAUCAACUGGAGCCUGCCCUUCCGGAUGGUUACUAUCACCGUCGUACUCAGCAAUCUAUCUGCAGUGAUCUCCGCCUUGUGGACAGGUGCCCUGACUCCUGCAAACACAACCAGCAUCCAAAACACUACCGUUCUCGUUCCAGACUGGUCCAACUUGUCAUAUAUUCAAGAAUACCCAUCGGAGGUCGACAAGACUGGUUUGACGAUUCGUAACACAAAGGGCUACUUCACCUAUUCGGUUGGCAUAAGCAUGCUCGGGUCUCUACUGUCCUCAGUCAACUCAGCCUCUCCUGUCGAUGGGGGCAUUCGCAACCAUGUCAAGUUAGAUAAUACAGGCUAUAGCUAUCAUGGCCGAUCUUAUGGAGUAGGGGCAAGCGCUGGCCUCCUUGAUGGAUCGGUUCUCAAAACUCCCCGCGCCACCAACUAUAGCUACAAUGAGGUCGGCCUCGACACCGCUGUCUCCUGCAUCUACAAUGGCAGUUCGCUAUUUCAGACCCUCCUCCCCGGAAUAUUCAGUCUACAUAGGCCGGGAAACAGCUCGAUUGUUGCCAUCGGCGUUGCAGCGAAACCCAUCGCGUUUAUAGCAACGCGCUACAUGGCUGUGGCCGCAGGCAACAACUAUGCAUUCCUGAAUGCCGCCCAGUGCGCUAUCACCUUCACCCCGGCGCUUUUUAAUGUCUCUACGAAUAUCAAGGGACGCAAUAUCACCGUCAGCAAAGUACCUGUCUCGGAACCAUCGGCUUCCCCGACCCCCAGCAUCGAUCCUGACCACAAUAUGACUCACGUCGUCAUGCGUCAGCUGGAACUCAUCGCAAAUGAUUUGACUGGUUAUUACCGCUCUCCACUCGGCGACGCCUUGAACACCAGUAUUAGCGACUAUAGGACCUCUGCUGCGAACACUAAGAGAAAUAUGACGGAAACCUUGUCGGAGACGCAAGUUGCCCUGAGGGGGGCUGGAAAACGCCGUAGUCUCCUUAGUUGA